UACAAGGUCUCCGAAGACCCAUUCCAGGUGUGCCCAUCAGCUGGCUCCCAGCUGGUGCCCAGCGCAGGCCCCUGGGGCGACUACCUCUGCGACUCUCCCUGGGUCCUCAUCAACUCCUCCAUCUAUGCCAUGAAGGUGAUCGAGCCGGAGCCAGACUUCAUCCUCUGGACGGGUGAUGACACACCUCACGUGCCCAAUGAGAGCCUGGGAGAAGCAGCGGUGCUGGGAAUCGUGGGGCGCCUGACCGGGCUCAUCAGAGAGGUCUUUCCAGAUACCAAAGUCUAUGCUGCUUUGGGAAACCAUGACUUUCACCCCAAAAACCAGUUCCCGGCAGGGAGCAACAACAUCUAUGAUCAGGUAGCAGAACUGUGGAGACCCUGGCUCAGUAACGAAUCCAUCGCUCUCUUCAAAGAAGGUGCCUUCUAUUCUGAGAAGUUGCCGGGACUGAGUGGGGCUGGGCGAAUCGUGGUCCUCAACACCAAUCUGUACUACAGCAACAAUGAGCAGACGGCUGGCAUGGCGGACCCCGGCCAGCAGUUCCGGUGGCUGGAAGAUGUGCUGACCCGGGCAUCCCAAGCUAAGGAGAUGGUGUACAUUAUUGGCCACGUGCCGCCGGGCUUCUUCGAGAAGACGGGGAACAAAGCGUGGUUCCGGGAGGGCUUCAAUGAGGAGUACCUGAAGGUGGUCCGGAAGCACCAUCGAGUCAUCGCAGGGCAGUUCUUCGGGCACCACCACACCGACAGCUUCCGGAUGUUCUACGAUGAUGCAGAUGCUCCCAUCAGUGUCAUGUUCCUUACCCCUGGAGUCACCCCAUGGAAAACCACCUUACCGGGAGUGGUCAACGGGGCCAACAAUCCAGGCAUCCGGGUAUUUGAAUACGACUGAGCCACACUGAGCCUGC